AUGGGGCCGGGCACCUCAGAGGAAGCUGUCAGCGCGGAUUACUACGAGUUCAAGGCCGACGCCGCGGCCAAGGUCGUGACGGCCAAGGCGCUCCUGGGCGUCGUCGGCUCGUUCAAAUUCAUGCUCGCGCUGACCAUCUUCAGGGACAUCCUCACGCAGCUCAACCUCGUGUCGAAGGCCUUCCAGAAGGCGCACGUCUACUACAACGACGCCCGGGAGAUCCUCGCAUCGGUGAAGGCCGGCCUCACGGCCCAGUACCUGACCCCGGACUUCGUCGGCGGCGAAGACGACGAGCUUCACGAGCAGUGGGACGCCUCCAAGACGGACUUCGGGCUUGACGAGGUCGACACGCUGCUCAAGCACUUCGGCACG